AAAAAAAAAAAAAAAAAACACAAAAAUACACGGAUCUAAAGCUUAAUGGCCUUCCAAAAUUUUUCCCAAAACUCGGUACCCAAAAGCAACACCAAGAACCCACAAUAAUAAAAAUUGAGAACUAUUGAAUUCAAGAAGCAAUUAUGCUAUAUUCAGUCAUGGCAGCAACUUCUUCCUCAUACAUGGUCUCAGCUCGAGUUCCCAUGUUGAAUUACAUGGGAGGCAGAAGGAAAAUGAGGAAUAGAAGAAUGGCAUUCUCAGUUUCAGCUCAACAGCAAGCUCAAGUUGAAGAAUCAGAAGCAGUAAAAACAAAUGAAGGAGAAGAGAAAGUGAAGAAACAAGGAGCAGUUCCAAGGCCAGUUGAACCACAAAUUAAUGUGAAAAGCAAAAACAUGAGCAGAGACUAUGGAGGCCAAUGGCUUAGCAGUGUCACAAGGCAUGUGCGAAUUUUCGCAGCCUAUAUCGACCCAGAAACCUGUGAAUUCGAUCAAACACAAAUGGAUAAACUCACUCUUAUCCUCGAUCCUACCAAUGAAUUUGUUUGGAAUCCUGAAACUUGCAACAAGGUUUACUCUUAUUUCCAAGAGCUUGUGGAUCAAUAUGAGGGUGCUCCAUUGACAGAAUACACACUUCGUCUUAUUGGUUCGGAUAUUGAGCACUACAUAAGGAAGCUUCUAUUUGAUGGAGAAAUUAGGUACAAUAUGGAUGCCAAAGUCCUCAACUUCAGCAUGGGCAAGCCUAGAAUCGUGUUUAACAGCAAUGAAAUUCCUCCUCAGGAUCUGCAGUAGUGAAGGAUUUUCAUUUAUCACCUUUUUUUUUUUUCUUCUUUCUUUUUUUAUAUGUUUAUUCUCAAAUUAGCAUAGUAAUUUACCAAGUAAAAGCAAAGUUGCAUCUAUAAUUAUGUUUUUUUGGCUGGCCAUUUUAGGUCAUUAUCAAAUGCUAUAUUAUGUGCUGAAAAACAAUUAAAUUUGUACAUAAUUUCACAUUUUGACCAUACUUCAAUCUUUUCC